UCUUUUUGUCCCAUCUUCCCCUUGGCUGGUCUUCCAACGUCAUCAGUCUGCGCCAUAGAGGAGUGCAUGAGCUGCAAGGGCUGGUAGUAGGACACAUUAUUUUUAUCUGUAGCCUGUGUUGAAGCAAUGCAAUAGUCCUUCUCUGCUUCUGACCUCUAAAGAUGGACACCCAGAAAGACGCACCCCCACCAAAGCAGCAACCAAUGAUAUACAUCUGUGGAGAAUGUCACACAGAAAAUGAAAUUAAAGCAAGAGAUCCUAUCCGAUGUAGAGAAUGUGGUUACAGAAUAAUGUACAAGAAAAGAACAAAAAGAUUGGUUGUGUUCGAUGCCCGGUGAAGAGAAGAUGCUUCCAGUUUAUCUAUAUAUGUUUCAGAUGCUUCAUAUGUUCUCUUUGAUUUCAUAUUUCUUGUGAGCAAACGUUUGGUGUUUUUUUUCCAUUGUGACAAUGUAAGUUAUUCAGCUAUCAAAAAUAAAGUGUUACUGAAAUUU